GUCACACGAGGGUGCUGAGUGCAGUUGGGCGGGUUUUGUUGUGAAAACCUGGCAACCCUGCAUUUGGGCCUAUUAGUAAAGUCAAAAGUAGUAGGCCUACUCUACAAAAAGAUAGAGUUACGUUUAUUUGAGCCACCACAAAAUUACUGAGGCCCUAUUUAACCUAGUGGUUAACCGAGAUGACGGUUGCGAGCGCUUUUCAUUCAUGUCGGACUACGUUUGUCUAAAAGUUUGACAUAAAUACUAUUUUGAAAGUUUAAACACAAAUCAUUUGUGUUUGGUUGCGCGUGACGGACGUCAACAAAAGAUUCCACCGACCAUUUCCUGUAGGAAAGUUCUUUCAAACGUCAUCGAAUAAUUCGCAAACUGGUAAAAGCAGUAUGAACCGUGUACAGAGGAGCUUUUAAUGUUCAUAGGAGGCGGAUCCACUGGAUUGAGAUCGAGUCCGUCAAGUGCUCCUGCCCACCGAGCCAAAAUAUCCCUCUAGCAUUUCGCUCUUCACUUUCCUCUCGCCACUCUAAUGUCCUAGAACAAUAACAAUCGGGCAAAACGCACAUACGAGUCCUCUGAGCUCGUGGUCAUGUCGUUUGUGCUGCUGAAGCUGUUUUGCAGAGAGCGCUGAUGAGAAAUCGGACAUCAUCAGCAUCAUCCAGGAUGUCUCUGAUGUUUGGGAAAGCAAGAACUUGUAACAUUGUCACAGUUCCUGAGCAUGAGCCCUCGGAGUGUAACAUAGUGAUUUUGGGAGCUAUGGGAUCUGGAAAGUCAGCACUUACAGUGAAAUUCCUCACGAAGCGCUUCAUUAGUGAAUAUGACCCAAACCUUGAUACUUACUCUACAGAAGAAGUUGUGGACCAGCAGCCGGUUCUGGUUAAAGUGAUGGACACGGCUGAUCAGGAUGGACCAGUCAACUGUGAGCGCUAUUUAAGCUGGGCCAAUGCCUUCAUCGUUGUCUACAGCAUUGACAACCGGACCAGCUUUGAGGCCUGCCAGCAGUAUUUGGAGACUGUGACUCUUUACUCAAAAGGCCUGCAGCCAGAAGCUCCUCUCAUUCUUCUCGGCAACAAAGUGGACAUGGAGAGAUACAGACAGGUGAGUAAGGCCGAUGGUGUCGCUCUGGCCUUGCGGUUCAGCUGCCUGUUCUUUGAAGUUUCGGCCUGCUUGGACUUCCUGUCCGUUCAGCACGUCUUUCACGAAGCCAUUCGGGAAGUGAGGCGAGAAACAGAGAGGAGUAUCCGCCCGCUUUUCAUCAGUGAAGACCAGUCUGCGAUCAGCCUGUCCUCCGCCCCUCCGCUCACCGCCUGCUAUAAAGAGCUGCCCACCCCAGCCACCGCAAAACUGGUCACGGUCAAGUCCUCGAGAGCUCAGAGCAAACGCAGAGCCCCCACGCUUACACUGCUCAAGGGCUUCAAGAUCUUCUGAUGUAAGGACGCCCUCUUCUGUUAAUGGACAGGAAUGCUUGUUUGGAUGUCACAUCAGCUUAUUUAGCAUCAAAGCUAACAGAACCUGAAGGAUUGCAACAUCUCGCACAUACUUGAGAGUGCGGUAACUGUAUGAAAGUGGACAGAGCUAAUGAAUGUCUUUGAUAGCAUUUCUGAUUAUUCUGUUUUUGUUUCACUACUUUUUGCACCAGCAUUAUGCUUGUAUUUUAUUGUGGCAAAACCAAAUUCCACCUAAUAUAUUAAUUUCAGAGGA